ACUGUCGUUAGGAUCACUGACCCAAUUAAACUCACCGUUCCAAUUGCAGUCCCAACUAGAGUCCCAACAACAGUCCCAACUACAAUCCCAAUUACGGGCACACGCAAACUUACAGUUAUCGUCAUCCUUGUAUCCGCAAUCACAGUCGCAGUCGCAGUUACAAUCUGAAAAUGGCCAAAUCGAAGAAGAGCCUUCAUUAAUUUUAGACCCAAAGCCCAAGUAUGUUUUACCAGGUCUCCUUGAAGUCCCACAGCAAUCCAAUCCAGAAUGGUACUUCAUUAGCUCCAUGCUAAAACCAAAACGUUAUAUCGAUACUUCAGUUCAAUCACACAACUUGAUUCAGUCGCAGUUACAGUCUAGGUUAAAUAUACUAAUGGAUCAGUUCAGGGCACAGCAAUCCAAGACUCCUUUUUUAAGAUGUUACUUCCUCGCUACGAAAUAAUUGCUCAUCAGUCAAAAUAUAGUCCUCAGAAAUCUCAAGUGGUAAUUUCUCGUUCAAGUGGCUUCGUAGAACCCGAGUUAAAACAUGAAGCUCAGUUAACAUUAAAUCCUCAGGAAUCAAAUCCUCAAUUGCUGAUCAUUGACACUCAAUUAAUACCUAAAUCAAAAUAUUAUAUUUUAGCUCCUAUCAAAGAAUUAAAAUUGAAUUCUAGUAUUGGUAAUAUUGCCCAAUUACAAGAUUUCGGGCAACAUAAGCUUCCCAAGCGCAACCAAAAGGUUGUAAGCACAACGCGGUCAGUACCAACAACUAAGUUUGAUUAUUUAGCUAAAUUUCGAAAUAAAUUCGAAAACAAUAGGAAUAAAUACAUGGCUGAAUUAGAAAAAAGGGUAGAGGAACUCGAUAACUCCAAUCACAUUGACAGUAUACAAGAAAUUUUAAAUUCUAUAAGCACACCCACAACUCCUGCCUCCCUGCCCCUGCUGACCAAAGGAAACGAUUCUCAACCUCCUACCCCUUCUAAGCCACAUAUAGUACCUAGCCCCACACUGACUCCCCAACCAGUUUUACACAACGUAAAUGAAUUACUCAACCCAAUGUUCCAAUUGCAGUCACCACCGUCAGGAUUGAAGUCUCAAUUGCAGUCCCAAUUACACUCACAGUUGGAAGGAUCUCUGUCCCAAUUGCAGUCACAGUCGCAGUCGAACUCACAGUCGUCAGGAUCACUGUCUAAGUUACAGUCCCAUUUAAACUUACAGUCAGCUGACUCGCAGUCCCAGUUGGAAACGCAAUCAAAUUCACACUUGUCAAGCUUACUGUCCCACUUACAGUCCCAUUUAAGCUUACAGUCAGCUGACUCACAGUCCCCAUUGAAACUACAAUUGCAGUCACACCCACAAUCAGGAUCACUGUCCCAAUUGCAAUCACAGUCCCAACUACAGACACAGUCAAAGUCGAACUCACAAUCGUCAGGAUUGCAAUCUCAAUUACGGCCUCAAUUAAACUCACAAUCAGCUGACUCACAUUCCCAAUUGCAAUCGCAGUCAAACUCACACUUGUCUGGAUUACUGUCCCAAUUAGAGUCCCAUCCAGACUUACAAUCAGCUGACCUACAGUCCCAAUUGGAACAACAGUCGCAGUCAAACUUACAAUCGUCGGGCUCUCUGUCCCAAUUGCAAUCACAGUCCCAGUCGCAUUCACAAUCGUCAGAAUUGCAGUCUCAAUUACAGUCUCAAUUAAACUCACAAUCAGCUGACUCACAUUCCCAAUUGCCAUCGCAGUCAAAUUCACACUUGUCUGGAUUACUAUCCCAAUUAGAGUCCCAUCUAAACUUACAGGCAGCUGACCCACAGUCCCAAUCGGAACAAAAGUCGCAGUCAAACUCACAGUCGUCAGGAUCACUGUCCCAAAUGCAGUCCCAACUACACUCGCAGUUGGAAGGAUCUCUGUCCCAAUUGCAGUCACAGUCGCAGUCGAACUCACAGACGUCAGGAUCACUCUCUAAAUUACAGUCACAAUUAAACUCACUGUCACAGUUGUCAGGCUUAUUGUCCCAAUUAAAUUCCCAUUUAAGCACAGAGUCAGCUGACUCACAGUCCCAAUUGCAAUCGCAGUCAAAUUCAGACUUACCAGGCCUACUGUCCCAAUUACAAUCACAUAUAAACUUACAGUCAGCAGAGUCACAGUCUCAGUUGGAACAACAGUCGCAGCCAAACUUACUUACGUCAGGCUCUCCUGCCCAAAUGCAAUCCCAAUUAAACUCACAAUCGUCAGGGUCACAGUCCCAAUCGCAAACCCAACAGUCGAAAGGAUCUCCGUCCCAAUUGCAACCACAGUCGCAGUCACAUUCACUUAAUCAAUUACAGUCUCAAAUACACUCACAGUCGGAAGGACUGUCCCAAUUGGAGUCACAAUUACAGUCCCAACAACAGGCUCAGUCAAACUCACAAUCCCAGUCACAGUUAAACGCGCAGUCAUUAGGAUCCCUGUCCCAAUCGCAGUCGCAGUCAUCGGUUCCAUUUAUUCCAAAUGAAAGCCUUCAAAAGUCUAACAAUGAAGGAAGUCUUUCACCGGACAAUGGUGAUCUAAAAAUUACAGUACAGUACAAUCCGAACAAUCCACCGAAAUUCUUCUCUCAGGCGGACAUCUUGGAUGACUCGAAGCUGACAACGGUGCAUCUGAUUGAAAAGUACGGCUACCCAUCGGAGACCAUCUACGUCGACUCGGAUGAUGGCUACAAGCUAUGUCUGCAUCGCAUUCCUCGUCCUAGAGCCCAACCUGUCCUACUGGUCCACGGCCUGAUGGCCAGUUCUGCCUCGUGGGUGGAAUUGGGACCUUCGAAUGGCCUGGCUUACAUCCUUUACCGAAAGGGUUACGAUGUCUGGAUGCUGAAUACCAGAGGCAACAUAUACUCCCGGGGUCACGUUGGUCAUCGCCCUAAACGUCGGAAAUACUGGGACUUCUCCUUCCACGAGAUCGGAAAGUACGAUGUACCCGCAGCCAUCGACCUGAUCCUGAGUCGCACCAUGAUGCCCCAGCUCCAGUACAUUGGCCACUCGCAGGGCUCCACCGUCUUCUUUGUGAUGUGCAGCGAAAGACCCGAGUAUGCCACCAAGGUGCAGCUCAUGCAGGCCCUGUCCCCAACCGUUUAUCUCCAGGAGAACCGCAGUCCAGUGCUGCAGUUCCUCAGCAUGUUCAAGGGAAAGUAUUCGAUGUUGCUGAACCUACUGGGCGGCUACAAGAUCUCGUCCAAUACCAAGCUUAUCCAGCAGUUCCGCCAGUACAUCUGCUCCUCCUCGGAGCUGGACAGUCGCAUCUGCGCUAUCUUUGAUUUUGUCCUCUGCGGGUUUGACUGGAAGAGCUUUAAUGAGACCCUUACACCCAUUGUGGCGGGACACGCCUCCCAGGGAGCCUCUGCCAAGCAGAUCCUCCACUACGCCCAGAUGCAGGGAGACCUUGUCUUCCAGCAUUUCGACCAUGGCCCUGUCCUCAAUCUCAUUCGCUACGAGUCCCGCGAUCCACCAGCCUACAACCUCUCGCAGGCGACCAGCCAUGUGGUGCUCCACCACGGCGCAGGCGACUGGCUGGGAUCCGACUCGGAUGUGGCCAGGCUGGAGGAGCAACUGCCCAAUCUCGUCGAGAGCCACAAGGUGAACUUCGAUGGCUUCUCACACUUCGACUUCACGCUCUCGAAGGAUGUGCAGCCGCUGGUCUACAGCUACGUCCUCCAACACAUGUCAAUUUGGCCGCCAGAUAUUCCAAUUGUGGUAUUAAAUCCAUGAAAAAGUUUAGGUUAAAAGUUUCAGUAAAGUAAUAACCAGGGUGAUAUGUGACCUCCUAGCAUAAAAUAUGUAGUACAUAGAACCAGAAUUAAAACUAUUAUUAUUAUUUACUAAGUAUGUAAA